CAGUUUCGCGUUUUCGCCGUGAAGGGAAAUAGAGAGAGCCAAUUGAGGGCGGGAUUAUUUAUUAUUCUUCGUUUUGCGAGGGUGCUCCAGUUAGCCCCUUGUUGUGGCGAAAUGCAGCUCUGCGAGGCAGGCUUAAGAGCUGCUGGAGCCCCCGCUCUAGGGCAGGUCGACGGUGGGACUGUGCCUCUGAGGGGAGAUUUCCCCGGUUGGAGGGGAGAAACUGGGGAGACGCGACCGGUCAAAAAGGCUCUUCCUCCGGUCCGCGCAGUGAGGAGGAAAGUCCCUGUGGGGGGCUGCCGAGGAAGGGAGAAUAUGACCUGCUUGUGUUGCCUUCAUUCUGACAGGAGGAAAAAAAGGCGCUAGUCCUCAUCUUGCCAAGGGUGUUGGGGGGAACGCCGGGCGUGCAAGCAGCUGCUGCAAAGAACAGUGUCCCCCCCACCCCACCCCGCCUCGAAAGGCGGCGGUGUCUGCUGCCAUGGGGGGUGCAGCACCUUCCCUUGCCCUGAGGUAAAUCAGGGAGUGCAGGGAGCUGCGGUGGAUGCUCCUAGUCAAGUGUUGGAGGUAAAAGGUCUUCCCCACUAUGGCCAUAAUAAGCCUGUGUGCACUUGGAAGUGAACAUGCAUAGGUUUGACUGCCUUGCCUCCAGAUCAUCGGUUUAAAAAUCCACCACACGUGUCGCAAAGGAGCUUCUCAUUCUAGGAAGGGACUUCGCCUUCUGCAGCUGGCUUAGUGGGAUGAAAUUCCUUAGUCGGUGCAACUGCCCCCCCCAUCAGAUUAUGGCACAGACCCAAGGCUUUGGGCUAAGGUACAUCAAAGCCUUUUUGAAAGGCUUCUUUGUUGCUGUUCCUGUGACGGUGACUUUCCUUGACAGAGUGGCUUGCAUAGCAAGAGUUGAAGGAGCUUCAAUGCAGCCUUCUUUGAAUCCUGGAGGAAGACAGGAAUCUGAUGUAGUUCUUUUAAACCACUGGAGUAUUAGAAAUUAUGAAGUGCAACGUGGAGACAUAGUUUCGCUGGUGUCUCCAAGAAACCCGGAGCAGAAGAUCAUUAAACGAGUGAUUGCUCUUGAAGGAGACAUUAUAAAAACCAUAGGCUACAAAAAGAAAUACGUAAAGGUUCCCCAUGGCCACAUGUGGGUAGAGGGUGAUCAUCGCGGACACAGCUUUGACAGCAAUGCUUUUGGCCCGGUCUCCCUUGGACUUCUACACGCUCGCGCAACCCAUAUACUCUGGCCUCCAGAGCGCUGGCAGAAGUUGCAGCCCAAGCUUCCUCCAGAACGCCAACUUCUCCAGGAUGAGGAGGAAUGACCGUUUCACAUCUGGUGGGAAGCAAGUUAUUGACUCUUGAAUUAAUUGUAGGAAAGGGGCAAGAACAGCCAAUAACGGAACUGCCAAAUGUGCAGAGUUUCUGCAAGCAUAUAUAUAUAUAUAUAUAUAUAUAUAUAUAUAUAUAU